AUGUCCAGCGCACCAAUCAGGGCAUCUGGAGCAGGAGAGGACAAUGUUGAGCUGGCACCUACUGAUCUGAGAUCAGCUGCUCUGACUCCCUCCAUCACAGCUCAGACUGGAGGCAAUGCCGUGGUGCCUCAGAUUGAUGGAUGUCAUGUUUCACGUGAUUUAAAUGUCACUAUAAACCUCAGCUCUGACAACAAAGUCUCACCUGCUCUGAUCAGGAGGGGGUCAGAGGUCACAGAUACAUCCAGGGAAACACCUGGAGUUUCUGAUGAUGUUCUGGCAGCUUUACCCAGCACAGUGAAAUCCCUUCUGGAGAGCAAAUAUAAGUGCAUAAAUGAGGGUUUAGCUGAACAAGGAAACCACAUCUUUCUGAAUAAGAUCUACACAGAGCUCUACACCACAGAGGGUAGAAGGGGAGAUAUCAAUAAUGAACAUGAAGUGAGACAGAUUGAGACAGCAUCCAAGAAACAAGCAAAACAAGAGACUGCGAUCAAAUGCAAUGACAUCUUUAAAGCCUUACCUGGACAAGAGAAACACAUCAGAACUGUGCUGACAAAGGGGAUUGCUGGCAUUGGAAAAACAGUCUCUGUGCAGAAGUUCAUUCUUGACUGGGCAGGAGGAAAAGCCAAUCAGGAUGUUGAUUUCAUAUUUCCUCUACCUUUCCGAGAGCUGAAUUUGAUGAAGGAUGAAAAAUGCAGUUUAAUGCAGCUGCUUCAGCCUUUCUUUCCAGGAAUCAAAGAACUUGGAUCCAUUAAGAUUGACUGUUACAAAGUUGUGUUCAUCUUUGAUGGUCUGGAUGAGUGUCGACUUCCCUUAGAUUUCGUGAAAAAUAAGAGCUGGUGUGAUGUCACAGAGCCAACAUCAGUGGAUGUGCUGCUGACAAACCUCAUUAAGGGGAAUCUGCUUCCCUCUGCUCUCCUCUGGAUCACCUCCCGACCAGCAGCAGCCAAUCAGAUCCCUCCUGAGUGUGUCCACCAGGUGACAGAGGUACGAGGGUUUAAUGAUCCACAGAAGGAGGAGUACUUCAUGAAGAGAUUCAGUGAUCAGAAGCUGGCCAGCAGAAUUAUCACACAUAUAAAGUCAUCAAGGAGCCUCUACAUCAUGUGUCACAUACCGGUCUUCUGUUGGAUUGCAGCCACUGUUCUUGAACAGAUAAUGGGUGAGUCAGACAGUGGAGAAAUCCCUAAGACUCUGACUCACAUGUACACAAACUUUCUACUCCUUCAGGCAAGUUUGAGAAAUCAAAAGUAUCUUGGAACAACUGAAACAAAUUUGGUUCUGAACAGAGAGUCCAUUCUGAAACUGGGGAAGCUGGCCUUUCAGCAGCUGGAAAAGGGAAACCUCAUUUUCUACACGGAAGACCUGAGAGAGAGUGGCAUUGACAUCACGGAGGCUUCAGUUUACUCUGGGGUGUGCACCGAGCUCUUCAGAAAAGAACCUGGGAUUCGAAAACAGAAAGUGUACUCCUUUGUGCAUCUGAGUGUUCAGGAGUAUCUUGCUGCUCUGUAUGUAUUUCUAUCAUACAGAAACAGCAACAGAAAUCUACUUGACCACUCCUUUCGAAGUAGGUUUUUUAGAUUGAUUCCACAUUCAAACUUAGCUGUGUUGCUGAAGAGUGCAGUGGAUCAGGCCUUACAGAGUGAAAAUGGACACCUGGACCUUUUCCUCCGAUUCCUUCUUGGACUCUCACUGGACUCCAAUCAGACUCUCUUACGAGGCCUACUGACACAGACAGGAAGCAGCUCACAAAGCAUCAAGAAAACAGUCCAGUACAUUAAAAAGAAGAUUAGGAAGAAUCUCUGUCCAGAGAGGUCCAUCAACCUGUUCCAAUGUCUAAAUGAAGUGAAUGACCAUUCUCUGGUGGAGGAAAUCCAAAGUUACCUUAGCUCAGGAAAUCUUUCAAGACAAGAUCUCUCACCUGCACAGUGGUCAGCCCUGGUCUUUGUGUUGCUGACAUCAGAAGAGGCGCUGGAUGUGUUUGACUUGAAGAAAUACAUGAGAUCAGAUGAAGGCCUUCUGAGGCUGCUGCCAGUGGUCAAGGCUACCAGAAAAGCUCUGCUGAACAGGUGUAACCUCAGUAAUGAAUGCUGUGAAGCUCUGGCCUCAGCUAUCAGCUCAAACUCCUCCAGUCUGAGAGAGCUGGACCUGAGUGACAAUGAGCUGCAGGAUUCAGGAGUGGAGCUGCUCUCUGCUGGACUGGGGAAUCCACACUGUAAACUGGAGAUACUGAGCCUGUCAGGUUGUAGAGUCACAGAGAGAGGCUGUGUUUUUCUGGCUUCAGCUCUGCACUCAAACCCCUCACACCUGAGAGAGCUAGAUCUGAAGGAGCUAGAUGUGUUUGACUUGAAGAAAUACAUGAGAUCAGAUGAAGGUCUUCUGAGGCUGCUGCCAGUGGUGAAGGCCUCUAGAACAGCUCUGCUGAACAGCUGUAACCUCAGUAAGGAAUGCUGUGAAGGGCUGGCCUCAGGUAUCAGCUCAAACUCCUCCGGUCUGAGAGAGCUGGACCUGAGUGACAAUGAGCUGCAGGAUUCAGGAGUGGAGCUGCUCUCUGCUGGACUGGGGAAUCCACAAUGUAAACUGGAGACACUGAGGCUGAACAGCUGUAACCUCAGUAAGGAAUGCUGUGAAGCUCUGGCCUCAGCUAUCAGCUCAAACUCCUCCAGUCUGAGAGAGCUGGACCUGAGUGACAAUGACCUGCAGGAUUCAGGAGUGGAGCUGCUCUCUGCUGGACUGGGGAAUACACACUGUAAACUGGAGACUCUGAGCCUGUCAGGCUGUAGAGUCACAGAGAGAGGCUGUGUUUCUCUGGCUUCAGCUCUGCAUAAAAACCCCUCACACCUGAGAGAGCUGGAUCUGAGCUACAAUCACCCAGGAGAGUCAGGAGUGAGAGCGCUCUCUGCUGGACUGGAGGACCCCAAAUGUAAACUGGAGACACUCAGUGUGGACCAUGGUGGUGAGUGCAGGAUCAAACCAGGGCUAAAGAAAUAUGCCUGUCAGCUCACACUGGACCCCAACACAGUACACAGAAAACUGUCUCUGUCUGAGGGGCACAGGAAGGUGACCCACACGAGACAAGGAGAGCCAUACUCUGAUCAUCCAGAGAGAUUUGAGUAUUGGACUCAAGUGCUGUGCAGAGAGGGUCUGUCUGGGCGCUGUUACUGGGAGGCUGAGUGGAGUGGGAGGUGGACUCAUAUAGGAGUGGCAUAUAAAGGAAUCAGCAGGAAAAAAGAAGACAGUCGUCUUGGACACAAUAACCAGUCCUGGUGUUUGGCCUUCUGUGGUAGUUACACUGUCUGGCACAAUAAAGAGGAAACUCCCAUAUCUGCCCCUCCCUCCCCCUCCUGCAGAGUAGGAGUGUAUCUGGACUGGCCGGCCGGCACUCUGUCCUUCUACAGCGUCUCCUCUGAUACACUGACCCUCCUGCACACAUUCCACACAACAUUCACAGAGCCCCUCUAUCCUGGGUUUACUGUUGGGCUUGACUGCCCAGUGUCCCUGUGCCAGCUGGAAUAG